AUGUCGGAAAUGAGAGCCGAAGGGCAACUCGCCCUGAAUGAGCAUCGUGGCCCGUCCAAUGCCUCUUCAACUGUGUACAAAAUCUGGACUCACUGUUGGUUCCAGAUCAUACUGAUCAGCUUUAUUUGCUUCUGCUGUCCGGGGAUGUACAAUGCGCUUUCGGGCCUGGGAGGCUCUGGCCAGGUGAAUCAAACCGUCACAGCCAACGCAAACGUUGCUCUGCUAUCUGCGACGGCUGCAACAGCACUUUUCGUGGUUGGCCCGAUAUUUGACCGCGUCGGGCCUAGAGUCUGCCUCUUGCUGGGAGGCUGGACGUAUCCUUUAUACUCUGGCAGCCUUUUGUGCUUCAAUGCAACGAAGAACGGGGCCUUUGUGAUUGCCUCCGGAGCAAUCCUAGGUAUCGGGGCGUCCUUCUUAUGGGUGGCUCAAGGCGCGAUCAUGACGACCUAUGUCUCCGAGUCGCACAAGGGGCGUGCUAUAGCAGCAUUUUGGAUCAUCUUCAACCUCGGCGGUGGUGUGGGAUCUCUUGCCAGCUUUGGGCUCAACUAUGACUCGAAAAGCGGCACGGUUUCAAACCAAACGUACAUCGCUCUUCUCGUCAUCAUGGCGGUGGGAUGGUUACUGGGGCUGUUGAUAUGUCCGCCCUCGUAUGUGCGAGGUACUCAGCUGCAGGAGACGCCGAAACCAGAGAAGAAUUGGCGACAUGUCGCUCGUCAAUCUUUCAAAACGAUCGUUGACUGGCGGGUCCUGUGUAUGCUGCCGCUCUUCUUCUCGGCCAAUGUGUUCUAUUCAUAUCAGCAGAACUCUGUGAACGGAAUGAACUUCGAUCUCCGCACACGCUCUCUGAAUAGUGCGCUGUACUGGAUCGCACAAAUGCUUGGAGGAUUGGUGAUGGGCAUGCUUCUCGACACCCCACAGCUCACGCGCCCCAUGCGAGCCCGUGUAGCAUGGGUGUUCCUGGUCGUGACCGGAAUGGCAAUCUGGGGAGGUGGCUACUCGUUUCAGAAAUGGUCGGAUUCGCGUUUGCGACAAGGCCUCAAGCAAGACAUUGACUACACCGAUGAUCAUAUUUCGGUGGGUCCCAUGUUCCUCUAUAUCUUCUACGGCGCGUACGAUGCGUUUUGGCAGUCGUUCUGCUACUGGCUCAUGGGAGCCCAGUCAAAUUCGCCUGCGGUUGCUGCCGUUCUCGUUGGGGCAUACAAGACCUUCCAGAGCGUUGGGAGUGCUAUGGCGUGGCGUGUGAAUGCAAUCAACACGCCUGCCAUGACUCAAUUCGCCAUGAACUGGGGUCUUUGUAUGGGGUCCCUCUUCAUCGCCAUCCCAACGGUGCUGGCAACUACUGUGACGAGCGAGACUGAUCCCACAACAGAGGCAAGCUCGUCCGUGGCAGAGAAAUUUGACGAGGAGGCAAAAGCAGGUUGA